GUGUGUGCAAUGAACGAUGUUCACUUGGUGAUGUGAUGGUGAAAAGUGCUUAAAGGGUUCAUGUCAGGAACUCCCGAGAUGCAGCCGUUCGCGAGCCCGAGCCGGGCGGAGGGCCCUCGCGAGUCGCCCCCCGCGCCCUCCGUACCACCUGCCGCCCCCGCGCGCCCCGUCCUCAACUUCUCCAUCGCGCGGCUCAUGGAGCCGGACCGGCGCAAGUCCGUGUCGCCGGAGCCGCCACCGCCGCUGCUGUCGUACGGCGCGCAGCUGCUGGACUCGGCGUUCAAGCAGUACAUCCCGGCGGCGCGGCGCCAGCUCGCCUCCCACUACCCGCUGCUGUACUACGGGCCGGACCUGGUGUCGCUGACGUACGCACACCAGCUGCACCUGCCGCGCCCGCCGCCGCCACAGUCGCCCCCGCGCCCCGCCAGCCCGCGCGCCCCCGCCCCCGACCACGCCGUCUCCUCCACCACCGGCCCGGCGCCCUCGCCCGCCAAGAGCAAGAGCUUCGCGUGCGGCGACUGCGGCAAGGUGUUCAACGCGCACUACAACCUGACGCGCCACAUGCCCGUGCACACGGGCGCGCGCCCCUUCGUGUGCAAGAUCUGCGGCAAGGGGUUCCGGCAGGCGUCGACGCUGUGCCGCCACAAGAUUAUUCACACGUCGGAGAAGCCGCACAAGUGCCUCACGUGCGGCAAGGCCUUCAACCGCUCCUCGACGCUCAACACGCACGCGCGCAUCCACGCCGGCUACAAGCCAUUCGUGUGCGAGUUCUGCGGGAAGGGCUUUCACCAGAAGGGCAACUACAAGAACCACCGGCUGACGCACAGCGGCGAGAAGGCGUACAAGUGCAACGUCUGCAGCAAGGCCUUCCACCAGAUCUACAACCUGACGUUCCACAUGCACACGCAUAACGAGCGGAAGCCGUUCACGUGCAACAUCUGCGCGAAGGGCUUCUGCCGGAACUUCGACCUGAAAAAGCACACGCGGAAGCUGCACAUGGGCGCGGGGAGCACCGCCAACGACUCGUCGCUGGACACGCAGGACGAGUCGACGCAGGAGGCCGGGACUAGCCCGGUGCGCGAGGACGCGGGCCGCAUCGCGUUCCGGCCGUUCCUGUCCUCCUCGUACCCGCGGCUGCUGGACCCGGCGCGCAUGACGGCCCCCGACACGUUCUUCUCCAAGCUCUUGUGACCCGGGCCGUACUUCAACGGCUACGAAACCAAGGAGUGAUUUGAUCGGGGAUUUGAGUAGACAAAUAUACAGAUUAUUAUUAUAUUUUGUAAAUAU